AUGGCGUUGACUGCCGCGGAAGCCGACGAGACCUCCAACACAGAAACCCCCAGCAUUGACGUCCAUUACAAAGUUCUAAGUUAUGUCAGAGAUUUUGUUGGGUGGCAACAAUUAUCUGCAAAAGUAUCCCCUCCCUGAAAAGAACAUGCUUCUUUGAGCAUGCGCUUUCUUCCUCAAUCUAUGGGUUAAGAGGAAUAAUUUCCAUCUUUACUCAUAACCCAUAUGGUGGAAGUCUUUAUAGGUUAUAAUGGUAUCAUAAAGCUCGUAGGCAAGGAUUCUUCUAGCAUACAGAAGCAGAAGUCAAAAAAGGAAGAAGAAAAAGAGAAAAGAGAAAGGUGGGAAUAAGCAUAUCCUCAAUCAUAUAUAGACGAUUUAAAGGUUGAGGCUUGAAAUUCCUUUGCUUUUUUAGAAAAUGGGUAGGCAACAGUCGCUGCGGAACAAAGCCGUCCACUUUGUUUCUGAUCUCACCACUGUUUUCCUCAACCCCAUCUCUGACAAACCCUCGGAACCUCAUUCUCAUCCUCCUCCUUCACCCACUGAAGAUGCAAGCAAGUCAAAGAGAAGUGAACAAGAGUCAGUUAGUGCAGAGGGUUCUGGGGAUGUAGUCGAUGGGCCUGAUACUUCUUCUUUUCCAGCAUUUCUCUAUUCCCUAUUGUCAUCCUCUGAGCCUGGGGAUAAUUUGAAGUCAGAUGAACAGAAUAAUGACAAAGUAGAAUCAGGGGACCAGCAAUCUGACACUCUAACGAAAGAAAGUGGUGGGAAGAAAAGCUUAUUUUCUAGGGGGAAACAUUCACUCGGUAAAGCUAUUUACAGGGCUGCAAGGAUCGGUGGCUAUCGAAACCAAGAUCGCAAGGGUGACCCUGACAUGAUAUUUGAUGGGAAUGAUGCAGGAGUUUCUGGAGUUGAAAUGAGGCAUAUGGAAAAUGAGAAAGAGUCUGUGGGCUUGGUCAAAGUCCCAGAUGUUUCUGAACCUUCAUUGCUUCUUUCAGAGAAAAGUAGAAGUGCUCUUUAUGCUUCCCUUCCAGCACUUGUUCAAGGGAGGCAAUGGUUAUUGCUCUAUAGUACAUGGAGGCAUGGCAUAUCACUUUCAACCCUGUACCGAAGGAGCAUGCUUUGGCCCGGGCUCAGCUUGCUGGUUAUUGGAGACCGUAAAGGUGCAGUAUUUGGUGGCUUGGUUGAGGCACCCCUAAGACCAACCAACAAGAGAAAAUAUCAGGGAACCAACAGUACAUUUGUUUUCACGAAUAAACCCGGACAUCCUGUUAUCUAUCGCCCAACAGGUGUAAAUCGCUAUUUUACUCUGUGCUCCACUGAAUUUCUGGCAAUUGGUGGAGGUGGUCACUUUGCACUGUAUUUGGAUGCUGAUCUAUUGAAUGGAUCAAGUUCUGUUUCGGAAACAUAUGGAAAUCCUUGUCUUGCGCACUCGGAAGACUUUGAAGUGAAGGAAGUUGAGUUGUGGGGCUUUGUAUAUGCUUCAAAGUAUGAGGAGAUGCUUUCUUUAAGCCGAACGGAGGCUCCUGGGAUAUGCCGAUGGUAAAUGCUCCUCAAGCUUUUUGUGAUAAUUGGUCAUGUUGUAGUCAGGUAGCUGCAGCUUGGUGCUAAUGGUACUCUUGCAUGAUGCUGAAUGUCUUUUGUAUACACCAUGAUAUGCUCCAAAUACCAGGUUAUGUUUGUACAUACAUGUGCAUCCCAUUUACACAAAGAGUGCUUAUGUAUUGAACUGCAAGUUUUUAUGGAUAAAUGGUAGAUUUUGAUGGCAUACCGAUUGAUAA